AUGCUCGCUACGACUCCCUUCAUCGUCUUCCUGGCUGCGGCGCUCUUUCUUCAUCCCGCCGCUGCGACGGCAAAGGAUCUGGCGUGUAAGAUGGCGCCCUGGGUCGCCGACGGUCCUCGGACGCACAUAUCCCCCGAAGAGGCAAUGAGGUGUCUCUCGCUGCCCUCAGAGGAUGUCGAUCCCGUGUUCAAGCAGGUAUUCUACCUCGAAGAAGUGCCCGUCGGAUGGGGAGGGAUCCGCAAGGGCAUCGAGGGCGAUGUCGCCGCCCGGUACGAUUCCGACGUCAAGGACAGGCUCGGCAGGGCCAAGAUCAGGUCUGCGCUGGCACGCCUCUACCGGGACACCGACGAGGCGUCCAUCCCGCCCACGGUGCGAGAGGUGCUCUCUCGAACGGAGUGA